GUGUGCGCGCAGGCGGAGGAUCGCCGAGUCGAACCGUACCGUGCAGCAGGCACAAGCCGCUGGGUGCGCAGGAGAAGCCGCAAAAAAAUACAGCAGCCGCUGCUUGAAACUGCGAGGAGAGCAGAGGGAGCGUCGGAACUUCAGUGUGCUCGAGGCCAGAGAUCCAAAAUGGGAGGCAAGCUCAGCAAAAAGAAGAAGGGAUACAACGUAAAUGAUGACAAGGCCAAAGACAAGGAUGCCAAAGCAGAGGGGGCCUCUGCUGAGGAGAGCGAAGCACCGAAAGACAACAAAGAUGAUGCCCCGGCUGCCACCGAUGGUAAGGAGGUAGCUAACGACACGGCAGCCAAGGAGGCGCCAGCAGCAGACGCUGCGGCGCCCAAAGAGGACGCAGCUCCUGCCACUAAGGAGCCAGAGAAACCUGCUGCCAAUGCUGAGCCGAAAACAGAGGCGCCUAAAAGCGCAGAGCCCGACAAGGCUGAGGAGAAACCAGCUGCGCCCGCCCCGGCCAAAGAAUCGGCCCCUGCCGCCAAGGAGCCUGAGGCUAAGGCCGCAGCGCCUGCCCCGGCUGCUGAGAGUAAAGAUGAGGCCGACGCCAAAAAGACUGAGGCCCCCGCGGCACCAGAAGCCAAAGCCGAGGCAGCCCCUGCUGCCUCUCCUGACCCCAAGUCCACAGAGGCGGCAGCGGCGGCUCCCGCACCGGCAAAGGAGGCCGCCGCAGCCCCUAGUUCAACACCAGCCGCUGAGCCUCCUGCCAAGGAGGCGAACGCCACAGAGGCACCGAGCAAGGAUCAAACCGUAGCAGUUCAAGAUUAAUGGACAGCUUCUUUUCGGAAAUGAAAAAUAAAGUACCUAACUCAACGACGAUUAAGAUUUAAAAAAAUCAAAAUGAAAUUAACUAGCCCACCCAUAUUAUGAUGAUGAUAAUAAUAAUAAUAAAAAUAAUAAUAAUAAUAAUUGUAAUCAUGACGAUUUGUUGAAUGAGGAGGACUGGAGCAACCACCUGGAGAUGUUUCCCACCGUUGCAGAUGAUUAUUGCUAUUAUUAUUGUUAUGUUUUUAUUUUUUCUGCUGUAGUAUUUGAACUUUGAUACGAGUUUGUGUCAGCCAUACGCCUUGCCAUUCCGCAUCCAUCAUCCCUCUCCCUCAUACAGUCAAGAGGUUUAACCUGACUCCCAUCUCAGCCCACAAAAGGCCUGUGCUCAUACAUUCACAUGCACCCUCUGCUCUGUGGAUGUCAGAAUAUCAAAAUUUGGGGGAAAUGGGAGGGAGGGGAGUGGGGAAGGGGGGCUUAAGAUACUAUGUAACCAGCUGGACUCUGUCCACUCUUCAGCUCCCCUCCUUCCACUCAUCCUCCCCUUUAGAGUACCGUGUUCUUGGCUUUGGCCUGGUACCUCCAGUAUUUUGGUGCCGUGGAAUUGUGGUUGUAUCCUUUUUUAAACCCCCCCCCCCGGCUUUUUGAUAUGGUUGGGUUGUGUCGCUACCCUUUUUCCUCUUUUGGUUACACGCCACUUUCUCUGAAUGGCAAAAACUGACUAGAACUUUAAAAUUUAUUGUGGGGACAGAGAAAGUUCAGGCUUUCUAAGACAUUUCAGAGGUUGAAAAAGGCUGACAUUGCAGAGCAAAACACAUUCUUAGACAUAUAAAACAGUCGUAGGAAUUUUUCAGAUAAACCUCUAGAUUUUGUACUGAAACCCUUAGGUAUAUUGUGAGUGAACUAAGUGGUUUUUUUAACAUUUGUAAUAUGCUUAUAAAAUCUGCAAAGCCUUGCUGAAAAAAUCUCAGCAGUGUUCUUUGAAAGUCUGAUGGACAUCUGAUCCUCCAUCCAAAUCUGAUGACAAAUUCUAUUUCAAAAGACAUAUCUGCUGCUGACCCGGGUGAAAUAGGCUUCACGAUCACAUCGUAGAGAUAAUUUGAUCUUGCUUAGAAUACCAAGUUAGUGGCAUUUACUGUAUCAUCAGGAGAGUUCAGAUAGCAUUGCUACAGUUGAGUCUCUCAAAAGAAAAUAGAAUAAACUGGCUCUUAAGCUCUUUUCUUUGAUUGUCUGCAUGACUGCGUUGCUGGAAGUGGUCCCCCACUUCCCAACUCAUUUCCUUCACUUCCCUAAUUAAAAGUGGCAUACCACAUAGUUAGAUAUACUGUAUAUUUAAGUUAAGUAUUAGCAGCAAAAUAUACUUACAAAGCAUAAGUAUAUUGUAAAAGUAUAUUGAUGGAAUGUGGUGCAAUAGAUGAAAUAUGCUAAAAAAUGUGGCAAAAUAAUUAAUAAUAAACACUCUUCAACCAGUAGAUUGAAUUAAAAUUUGCAUAUGCAGUGCAAGUUAUUUAUGAUUAUAGGAGGAACAUCAGUAAAGCAGUCUGUGGUUUGAAGCAAACCUCACCACUUUGGUAUCUAAGCAGAUUAAAACACUCACAAAGAUGAGGUCUUUUGCAGGUGCUGCUUCGACCAGGUCUGUUUUCCUGCAUUUGAUCCUUGUAACUCUGUGACUCUCAGUUAUUUGGAUUGGUCCGAUCACCUUGAGGACAGGAGGGGGGAUUUCAAUGAACGAACAGAGCUGUCACCAACCAACUCAAUCUAGUAUGGUCCAUGUUUCUAUGGCAACCAUACGACAUACUAUCAUUAUGGGAUGGAAAAGCCUUGCACAUGAAAAGGGAGCUUCUGAUUUCGUCAUUUUCACCUCUCAUGCAUUUUCCUUUAUUUUUCAGAAAUAUAUAUUAUAUAUAUGUACAGUACAUAUAUGCAGUGGUGUAAGACAAAUCACCUACAAAAGAAGAAAAGAAGAAGAAAGAAAUUAGCUGUAAAAAAGUACUAAUAGUUAAGAAGAAACUUUCCAUGUGCAGUUUUGGUGAUUAAAUGAGCUGAAAAAAGAAAAGGAGGAAAGUAAUGACAGUUUGAAAGAAAGAGCAGCGAUAUAGAAACAAGGAAAGAGUGAAUGAAGAAAAAUUGAAGGGAGGAAAGAAUUAAACGAGAAAGGAAAGGGAUAAGCAAAGAUUGAAGGACAAGAAAUAUCUGGUAUUUCAUAAUCUUACAGUCGAGUAAGGCACCACCACCCCAAAAUUGUACUUAAUUACAGUGCUUGAGUAAAUGUACUUUUGUAAUUUCCACCUUUGCAUAUAUGUUAGUAUAUAUGUAUAUUUACCCAUCUCAGCCAUCCAUUUGCCAACUUUUCAGUUUCAUCCAGCUGACACACAGCGUUUUCUUCUCAGCACUUGUCAAACCGUAGCAGAAACAAACACUCGAGGAGCGUUGUGUGUCACUUGGUUCAGUUUUUCUUCCUCUCUUGACUCAGUAAAUUGCAUGUCUGUGGUUGGGUGAACCUGUAGUCCUGUCUUUUUGGUCAAGUGGAAAAAAAAUUAUUUCUCAGUCUGCAUCCAUGGCAACUACAGUUGAUAUUUUCAUCCCAUGUGUCACCACUGCUAUUUCCACACCACAUGUUCAUUCAAAACAAACAAAAAGAUGAUAUGGAAAUUGAUGCAUUCAAAAUUAUAUGUACUUGUAUAAAUGGUGCAACAGUAAUAAAAUGUAAGAAAUUGACUGAAA